AUGACGAGGGUGUACUACAAGGAUGCGCAUGCAGCGAUCAUUGUCCUAGACUCGACAAGAGAGAGAACCAUCGAGGGGGCUCUCCGCUGGAAGUCCGAUUUGGAUCAGAAAGUUACUCUCGCUGAUGGAUCUCCAGUUCCAGCAAUUCUCCUGGCUAACAAGGUCGGCAAAUUACCAAAUAUUCAUUCAUUUUCCGUGCUCUUUUUCAGUGUGACAUUGAUAAUCAGCUAGGAGAUGACAAGUUGUACGAUCUGGAGACCAGCAAUGGGUUCGUCGGCUCGUUCAGAACUUCAGCCAAGGAAAGUGUGAGAAUCGAGGAGGCGUUCAAGUUCUUAGCCACUACGGUACGUUUCAUUAAGCUAGGAUUAAUAAUGAUUCCCUUUUCCAGGUCAUUUCCACCGAACAAGGCGGCCAGUACGAUGUGCCGUUCAUGAACCGCGAGGGCAACGUCAACCUCGACGACAACAACUCUUCUCACUUCAAAACCGAUCCUAAGUGCUGUUAG